CUAGAUAAGAAAAAACAAGUAAACUGAAUAACAUCAUGUCGUUCAUCAUCCGAAAAAUAAUGAGAUACUCGAUGUACGUCUUUUAUAUCGUCGUCAAGCCAUACUCGAUGUACUUUUGCAAUAAAAUUCCCAAUAAAAAGCUUCCGCCAAUUAAAAACGAACUGUUGAGAAUCCCCGGCGUAAAACUUGCUGAAAUGAUAAGAAAUCAGAAUGUGAAAUGUGAAGACGUUAUCAAGGCAUACAUAAAUAGAUGUCUCGAAGUAAAUCCAGUAUUAAAUGCCAUUGUCGAAGAUCGCUUCGAUGAUGCUUUGGAGGAAGCACGUGAAAUUGAUAGACAAAUACAAAGUGCCUUCAAAACCAUCGAUGAUAUGAAGAAAGAAACUCCACUUCUUGGCCUUCCACUGACUGUCAAAGAAUCAAUUCAAGUUCAAGGUUUAAGCAACACAGCUGGAAGGUGUUACAAAAAAAAACAAAUUGCAAAAGAAGAUGCGCCAAUUGUAAAGAAUGCAAGGAAGCAUGGAGCUGUGAUAUUAUGCGUUACAAACACUCCCGAACUGUGCUUGUGUUGGGAAACUUAUAAUAAAAAUUCAGGAACGACAAAGAAUCCUUAUGACGUCAGGAGAACACCCGGUGGUUCUUCCGGUGGAGAAGCAGCUUUAAUUGGAGCUGGUGCUUCACUUUUUGGCUUAGGAUCUGAUGUAGCUGGAAGCAUAAGAUUGCCAGCGAUGUUUGUUGGAAUUUAUGGUCAUAAACCGUCGCCAUAUGUUUGUUGUCCUUACGGUCAUAACCCACAAUCAGAUGACAAGAGAUGGCCAGAUUACUUCACAACGGGUCCAUUAGCACGAUAUGCUGAAGAUCUUCCACUUCUUCUGAAUGCAGUCAGAGAACAAAAUGGACCGAGCUUGCAAUUAUUUAAAGAAAUUGAUGUGAAGAAAAUUCGAUUUCAUUUCAUGACUGACGAUCACUCAGGAAUGACACGAAAUAUCUCGCCAUGCAUCAGAGAAUCGUUGUUCAAAGUUGCGAAUCAUUUUAACGCAAGAGAAGCUAACAUUCCGUUAAUGAUUUGGGGUUUUGACAUUUGCAUGAGUACCAUGAUGCCAAUGCCUUUCGAUACAAUUUAUACGAAGACGGAAGAGGGACAAAAGCCAAAAACUGAAGCAAUGGAAAUUCUUAGAUACGUGACCGGACGUUCUCAGUCGACAUUGACCUCGGUCUUAAUCAGCACGUUCCAGUUCGUGACGAAAAACAUUCCAAAAGCAAGAAAACGAAAACUUGAGAAAAUCAAGGAAAAGUUGAGUGAAGAAAUGUUGAAAUUGCUUGGCGACGAUGGAGUUUUACUUUAUCCAACAUUUCCAACUUCUGCUAACAAUCAUUUCGAGAUAUUUCACAAACUUAUGGAUCCAUCAUUUUUAAUGGUUUUUAACGCUCUCGGUCUGCCAGUCACUCAAGUUCAUACUGGAUUUGACAAACACAAACUCCCAAUUGGACUUCAAGUCGUUGCAUCACCUGGAAAUGAUCACAUCACACUUGCAAUCGCUAAUGAAAUUCAAAAAAUAUUCGGUGGUUGGAUUCCAGCUGAUGAAGUUGAAGCAAAAUUAUCUAAUAAUUAAAAUAUUUUUUCAUGCAAUUAUAAAUAAUUUAAAGUUGCAGCCAUAGCAUUGAAAUUCCAUAGGAAAAUCAUUUUUACAUUUUUAAUCCAAGACUGUAGUUGUUGUGCUACAUAAAUUCAAGUCAUUAAUGGAAAUCCAGUUUCAGUUAACGUUGUAACCUUAUAAUUAGUUCUCUGUUGCACUCCAUUAGAUCAGUUUAACUCAACAUUUAAAUCUGUAAUAACCAAAAAGUAACAAAACAUGUUUUUACACUGAAAAACUCAG